CGCGCGCGCACCAUUGUGUGGCUGGACUCGGCCGCCGCUGCGGAGGGAGGUGUGUGUCCGGGCUCUCGCCGUCCCCGCACCCGCGCCGCGGCUUCUGCCUUGCGGUCCGCCGUUCGACAGCCAGCCCUCGGGCCCCUCGCCCGCCACGGACAUGCCGCGCGUCUACAUAGGACGCCUGAGCUACAACGUCCGGGAGAAGGACAUCCAGCGCUUUUUCAGUGGCUAUGGCCGCCUUCUCGAAAUAGACCUUAAAAAUGGGUACGGCUUCGUGGAGUUCGAGGACUCCCGCGACGCCGACGACGCCGUUUACGAGCUGAACGGCAAAGAGCUCUGCGGCGAGCGCGUGAUCGUGGAGCACGCCCGGGGCCCGCGCCGCGAUCGUGACGGCUACAGCUACGGAAGCCGCAGUGGUGGAGGUGGAUACAGCAGUCGGAGAACCUCUGGCAGAGACAAAUAUGGACCACCUGUACGCACAGAAUUCAGGCUUAUUGUAGAAAAUCUUUCUAGUCGUUGCAGUUGGCAAGAUUUAAAGGAUUUCAUGAGACAAGCAGGUGAAGUAACCUAUGCGGAUGCUCACAAAGAACGCACAAAUGAAGGCGUCAUUGAGUUUCGCUCCUACUCUGACAUGAAGCGUGCUUUGGAUAAGCUGGAUGGUACGGAAAUCAAUGGGAGAAAUAUUAGACUAAUUGAAGAUAAACCACGAACAAGCCACAGGCGGUCUUAUUCUGGAAGCAGAUCAAGGUCACGGUCUAGAAGAAGGUCACGAAGUAGGAGUCGUAGGAGCAGCCGCAGUAGAUCUCGAAGUGUCUCAAAAAGUCGCUCCCGAUCCAGGUCUCGGAGCAAAGGUCGAUCACGUUCUCGUUCAAAAGGCAGGAAAUCUAGAUCAAAAAGCAAAUCUAAACCUAAGUCUGAUCGAGGCUCCCGUUCGCGCUCUCGGAGCAGAUCGAAGGAUGAAUAUGAGAAAUCUCGAAGCAGGUCUCGUUCUCGAUCUCGUUCCCCCAAAGAAAAUGGGAAAGGUGAUAUAAAGUCAAAGUCCAGAUCAAGGAGCCAGUCUCGUUCCAAUUCACCCCUACCUGCUCCACCCUCAAAAGCCCGUUCUGUGUCCCCUCCACCAAAAAGAGCUUCAAGAUCCCAUUCUAGAUCUCAUUCAAAGUCAAGGUCACGAUCCAGAUCGAGUUCCAGAGAUUAACCCAGAACUCUACAUUCUUUGCACACUAUUACGGAACACUUUCCUACUUGCUUAGGCAGUUACUCUUCCACGUUUGUACUUGGCCUCUUCUGCAAGAAGAGUCUCCCGAAAACAGGGGCAUACAAAAAUUGGAUUUGUAGCCAAAUUUGAUGAAAAAGAUGAGAUUCUAAAGAAAUGGCAUGAAAUCAAAGAUCUUCUCCCUUUGUAGAAUUAAGAUAACUUUGAUUUUAUAGCUUUUGAGCUAAAAUAACUUUUGUAAAGAUUAAGCUCAUUUAGAUUUUUUUUUUAAGUAUUUCAGCAGCAUCUGCUGCAGGGGUUUCUGUCAUUGUUAUAUUUGUUUGCUUAAUUUUAAAUUAACCGUUUCAAGCUUUGAACACUUAAGGCUUUAGAGGGAGAACCCAAUUUCCAAUUAUGUUGGCUUUUUAUAAAGCUUGAGUUAUGUAAGAUUUCAAUAAAAGUUUGCUACCAAGAUGAUUGCCUUAUUGAAUAGGUCACUCUUAAAUUCCUUCAAAUACUGAUUAUCUGCUAUCUGUGGAAGUAAUGUAAAUUCUACUUAAGUGUAAAACAAGGCAAGUCUCAGACCAGCAAUAAAUUAUUCAAUUUGGAUAACAUUAUUUUGUCCUGUUAUUCAAAUUUGCCAAAGUCAUAUUGGCCCCCUAAACAGGUUAAGUUAAAAAUAAAAGAUUUUAUAGUCGAUCUGUUAUACAAUUUUGCCUAAAUUAAUAGAUUUUUUAAAUAAUGAAACCUUUUUCAAACUUAAAUUGAUUGAACUCUUCAAAAAAUAGUUCCUGUUACUUGGGAUCUUAUCUAGCCUGGAAUCCCACUUUCUGGAAGUGGUCAUUGUAAUUAGUGUUUUGUUAGAAUAAGGUUCCGUGGUCUUUAAUGUUUGUUACGUAAAAAUGGAAGUAACCUUUCUUUGGUCAGAAAUUUGGUGUUAUUCAAAAUGGAAAAGCAAAUAUUUCAUUUUCUACUGAAAGAUCCUUAACAGGCACUUAAAACAGAUCGCUUGAUAAAUCAGUUUUACUGAUUAAAGUAAAAUUCCACCUAACAGUCAGUCCCCUUUAGUUAGUGGGGUUCUGUGAUAAUUGGUUAGAUCAUCCUUGUAGAACUUUAUGUGGUUGGCUUGGAAAAAAUUUAAAUGGGUUAACCCUAAACUUUUGUACUUCGUCAUGAAGGGUAAUGAAUACUGUGGAAACCAAAUUUUAUAAUACUGCGAAUUUGUAGGAGUUACUGGGUUACCAAUUAGUCCAUACAUCCGUUAAGCCUAGUUAGUUGAGAUUGCAGUUUGAGAAAUGAAUUACCAUAUAUAUAUAUAUAUAUAUAUGUAUCUCUUUCUCCAGAUUGUUUAAAUAAGGUAAUUUCAUUAAAAGCACUCAUUAAUCUUAGUCUGAAAUCAAGAUGUAGGUUAUAUGGCUCAGCUUUAACAUCUUCCUGGGAGCUGUCACUCUAUAUAAGGUGUUAAGGGCUGGGUAGUGUUAGGGUGUGGUGGGUACCACUCAUUGUGCUGCAGGGGGGACUAGAAAGCAUCAUAAUCUAGAGUUGGUUUGUAGGUUCAGAUAAUCCAGAAGGCAAGCCUAAUCAAAUUGAGACUGUGUGGAAAAGGUUGAGUCAAAGAUGUAGUUGCCAAAGUGACACUGUAACUGCUAGUGUUUGCUCAUGUAAAAAGACUUGUUCUAAUAAUUACUGGGCUUCCUGUUAUGAAAUCUUAGAGCCUAAUCUUAGGAACAUAGUGCCCCAGAAUGUUGAUGCUUCUUCCAAGACCUUAUUUUCUUUAAUGCUUUUGAUAUAUUUUUUUUAGAUGUUCAUAAGAAAUAUGGUUUGUUUGGGGUUUUUUUUCAACAUAAGCUUCAGAUUUUGAGAGAAGAAACUGGUAUCUGUAAUUAUAGUUCAUUGUUUUGCCUGUUUGAAAGAACAAAAGUUAGGACUCUUACAUGAGGAAGCAAGCCUCCACUGCCUUUCAAAUUACAUUUAAGGACAAGUUACUUUUAAGAAUUGGCUUUGACCAAAAUUCUCUUGUUUUCAGCGAAAGAACAAAAGCUUUUAAAACCACAGCCUGUUAAAAUGAAAGAGGGGAGUACUACAAUGUGAAAUUAGGCUUUCUAAAAGUAUGCAGCAUCCUUCAACUGGGCUUUCUUAUGUCGAUAUUCCAUCGCAUGGUAGUCAGGUUUGUUUGCAUUGUUAGCUCCCCCACCCCACCCCGUGGGUAAUUGUGUAGGUAAAUAUCUGCAUCCAUAAGAAUUCAGCAGCAAAGGCCAACUUAUUAAAAUUCUGGUUCCUCUCCCACACCUGUGGACCUACAUCAUUGGACGUGCUAAACCACUGUAUGUAUAACGCUGGCCCACUUGACCAGUGAAAUGUUUAGUUCCUUGCUAACUUUGAAGUAGAAUCUGAGUCUCUACAGCUUGCCACAUGUUCAUCUGUGGCUAGAUGGAGUAUUAACCUGGUGGAGAGCAAACUAGAAGUGAAUGAUAACUGGAUCCCCCUUUCUUUUAUGUGGUAGCGUGUGGACAUGCCAUAGUGCCUUUAUGGCCAGUUCCAGUCCUUCCUGCUCCUGUGACUUAAUGUUCCACUCCUGUGUUGUUACCAUCUUUUCUCUUGGUAUCUUCUUUCUCCCACUUUGUUAACCUGCUUUGUGCUUUAUUACUUCAAUAAAAUGUUCACUGAGGGAAA